AAAAGCUGCAACAAGAAGGGAUCUUCAGAGGAGUGUGGCUCUCAAGUGGAUGUCUUGGGUGAGAAGCAUCAUGGGAGAGGUCAGAAGAAUCUGGAAGACAGAUUGACCUCCAUUCCCACAAGAUGUCCUGCUACGACCUGUGCCCCACCAACAUUGGUGGCAUCAGCCGCCCCCAGCCCAUCGCUGACAGUGGAAAUGAGCCAUGCGUCCGACAGUGCCCUGACUCCACAGCCGUGAUCCAGCCACCUCCUGUUGUUGUCACCUUCCCUGGACCCAUCCUCAGCUCCUUCCCCCAGGAUUCAGUAGUGGGAUCCUCUGGAGCACCCAUCUUUGGGGGCUAUGGGGGCUCCUCCCUGGGCUAUGGAAGCUCCUCCCUGGGCUACAGGGGUCUGUAUGGCUAUGGAGGCUCCUCCCUGGGCUACAGGGGUCUGUAUGGCUAUGGAGGCUCCUCCCUGGGCUACNGCUCCUCCCUGGGCUACAGGGGUCUGUAUGGCUAUGGAGGCUCCUCCCUGGGCUACAGGGGUCUGUAUGGCUAUGGAGGCUCCUCCCUGGGCUACGGGGGCCUGUAUGGCUAUGGAGGCUCCUAUGGCUCUGGCUAUUGCAGCCCUUACUCCUACCGGUACAACAGGUACCGCCGUGGCAGCUGCGGGCCCUGCUAAGUCAUGAGAAAAUAUUCCCUGCAUGGGAGAGAACCGGCGAAAGGGCAAUACGAUCUUGAUCCUCGACUGAGCUCCUGAAUAAGGGGCAGAGCAUGAAAAGUUUCUUCUUAAUGCAGUGGAGUCAGAAAAUCUCCAAGGAUCUCAUUUCUAAUUUUUUUUUUCUCCGUCUUCUGUUUCAUCUCAACUUCUCUGCCCUGUCAGUGGCCAAGUGUAUUCAACUCUAUCCAUGUCCCCCAGGGUCAUUUCUGGGCCCUGCUCUGGCCAAUGCCUGGGAGAAGUCUGAAGAAACACCUUUCCUGAAGCCCUAGGGAACUCCUUCCCACCUGGGCCCUGGUACAUGUUUCUGCUGUUGUGUCCUUUACAAUAA